GCAGACUGUUAAUAUCAGUUAGGACAAGCAUUGAAAAUGGUGCGGUACACGUUGAACGCUGUGAGAAAGUGUCUCUGCUGUGUCUCAUUGCUGCUAAUUUUAAUCAUUUUAUGCAAGAGAGACAAUGAGCUAAUAGGAAAAAACCAUGGGGAUAUAGCAGGCGUAGCAGAUAAAAAGUAUUAUGUGAAGACGGUCAAGUGUCGGAUACCGUAUGUGGAUCCAUUCGGUGCUGAGAUUAUGAAGUACUACAAGCCGCUGCCGUUCAUACCCUGCACCAAUGAAAGUGACCUAAUCGAUGUGCAGUAUGACACAUAUCUGAAUCGAUAUGUGCUGCACAUCAAUGAGCAUGUGAUCCACGGGCUGCUGCACUCGAACGAUACCCCAUACACGUGUUUCUAUCAGCAAAUCAUCCACGGCGAGCAAGCGGACGAUUACGACAGAAUCGGAGAUAGGGUCUACUUCGGCCGAGAUUAUGUGGUGCCGGUGUCUGUGGAGGGCAUCCUGGUCGAGUGUCGAGCAUUGAACCACACAAGAGUGCUGCAAAAGGAUGCCUUUGUGUUUGUGCAGCACCAAAAGGCACCGCCAGUGAGGCCUCAGGAGCCACGAAAGCCCAGUGUAAUUAUGUACGGCAUUGACACCGUGUCACGCACAAAUCUCCGGCGCACAAUGCCGCUGGUGUACGAGUUCCUCAAGUCACCGGGCUGGUAUGAAAUGAUGGGCUACACCAAGGUGGCCGACAAUUCGUUUCCCAAUUUGUUUGCCAUUCUGACGGGCUACUUCCCAGAAACGGCCAAGUCCAAGCUCUGCGAUACGGACAUCAAGGGCUGUCUGGACAGGAUACCCUUUAUAUGGAAGGAUCUCAAAAAGGCUGGCUACCUGACGGCCUUUGCGGAGGAUGAGAGCGACUCCAAUACGUUCACGUACAUGAAGCCGGGCUUUACGGUGAAACCCGUGGACUAUUACUUCCGUCCGUUUGUGGUGGCCCUGGAGAACCGAACGAAGGUCCAGCUGUGUCCGGGCUGCGGCAUGAAGUACUGUCUGGGCCGCCGCUUGGCCAACAGUUACAUCUUCGACUACUGUCGCCAGUUCAUGCAGCGCUUCGUGGCCGAUCGGCCCAUUUGGGGCAUGUUCUGGUCGAAUCAUUUCAGCCAUGACGACUCGUUCAUGCCCUCGGCGAUGCAGCACAAGAUCCUGCAGGAUCUGUUGAACUUUGAGCGCGACGGGGCCUUCGAGCACACGAUUAUGAUAUUCUUUUCCGAUCACGGCGCUCGAUUCGGUCCGCUGCAGAAGGUGCCGGAAUCCUUUCUGGAGGAGACACUGCCCAUGAUGUUCAUCCAUCUGCCGCCCUGGUUCCGGCGCAAGUACCCGCAGCAUGCUGAAGCCCUGGCCCUCAAUCAGCACCGCUUGAGCUCCAAUUUCGAUCUGUACCACACACUGAGGCACAUCCUGCAGAUAGGCGGUGCCACGCUGGAGGCGUCUGCACUGUCCAAGUUCUACGACUGCCCCACGUGUCAGUCGUUACUGCUGCCGAUACCCGAGGAUCGGAGCUGCGCUCAGGCGGCCAUCGAGGAAACCUACUGCACAUGCAAUGCCUAUCGGGAGGUAAACGGCGAAUGGACCCGCCGCAUCGCCCAUCGAGUUAUCCAUCGCAUCAACGAAUAUCUCUGGCAGCACAAACUGAAUCGACUGUGCAGCAAUCUGACACUGAAGUACGUCACCAGAACGGAGCAAAAGGACAGCCGGCUGCUGCACACCAAAAUGGUGUAUUAUCGCACAAAGUUUAUGGUAAACGAAAAUGAUGCCGAAUUCUUUGGCACUCCACUGUUCGACAAUGCCACCGAAGCUCUGGACAUAAAUGUGGAGCGUAUAAGUCGGAUAAACACAUACAAAACGGACUCCAAAUGUAUGCACGAUAAGAUCAAAAAACUAUAUUGCAUAUGUCUAACAGAGCUGAAGACAUAAUAAUGCAAAUUACA